UUCUACGAAAAAAUUGCGCUCUCGGUCAUGAUAGAGAUUUUACACCGUAUCUGAAUUCGUGGUCGGAGGGAACGCCUGUCAUGAAAGGACGAUAGCCGCAGCCUCACAUUUUGCCAUCAUCCACGAGCGCGAGUCACCGACCGAUCCCACGUUCGCCUCUCGCUCUGGCUGGAAUCUUUACCCUGGCGUCAACAGCAUGCCGACACAGUAUCCAUUCUGGCUCGGCGGCGCAGCUGCAUCGAUAGCAGCAUGCUUUACACAUCCUCUCGAUGCCGUCAAGAAUCGCAUGCAGACGGCAAAGACGAAGCAAGGCAUGGGUUCCGUUUUGGUGCAGACUGCCAAGAAGGAGGGGAUACCCGGACUUUAUGUUGGCCUGACGGCUAGCUUGCUUCGGCAGAUGACAUAUAGCGUUGUCAGAUUCGGAGCCUACGAUGCGUUGAAGGAGCAUUUGCGGUCCCCAAGCGACAGCAAAGGCCCACUACCAGCGUGGAAGAUGGCACUGUGCGCAAGCCUUGCAGGAGCAGCGGGCGGCUUGGCGGGGAAUCCAGCGGACGUAUUGCUCGUACGCAUGACCUCCGAUCUCAACCUGCCUUCGCAGAAGCGAUACAACUACUCGAACGCUUUGACGGGGCUCGUACGCGUCUUCCAAGAAGAAGGGCCUACAAGCCUAUUCAGGGGCCUCACGCCGAACGUAGUACGCGCCAUACUCAUGAAUGCGAGUCAGCUAGCGACAUAUGACAUGUUCAAAGAGUCGCUCGUAAGCUCGGGCUUGUACGCAGAAGGAACAUGGCUGCAUUUCAGCGCGUCGUUCCUCGCUGGCACAGUCGCGACGACGGUAUGCUCCCCAGCAGAUGUCAUCAAGGCACGGAUUAUGAACGGCAACGACAACGGGAACGGCGGCAAUCACGGCUUUAGUGCUCUCAAAGCUGCACUUAAACGGGAAGGGCCCGGCUUCCUUUUUAGAGGCUUCAUGCCCGCGUGGAUCCGCUUAUCACCCAACACCAUAAUCAUGUUUAUCACACUCGAGAAGCUGCGACUGAUUGUCGACUGGUCUCGUGGAAAGGGUACUCUCGUGUCUGCGUGAGCAGCCUUAUACAGCUUCUGUCAUCUCGACAAGACAGCUGGCGCUACAUAUCUCCAUCGAAAUGCUCUGCCCGAGGGCAGAACUUUCGCACUGCUCGUGAUUGAGCGAAGAACGAUUUGGACGCAACAAUAGAGCCGAAAAUACAUGCCCUCAAGGUCGCAAUAAACCUCACCAUCUACCACCCACUUCUGCUUCAUCUAGGCACGGACGCCAGAACGAGAAUCCUCACAGCAUGAGCGAAAGCACGGUAGAGAUACAUUCGCAUUGUAUACUAGUAC